CAAGCAGUUUUAUUUUUCAAUGGAAGCUGUUAUUAAUAACUCUAAAAUUGCAAUUUGUCAAAUAUAAGAGUAAUGCUGCAUUUCCAUAAAAUCAAGAAAAAUGUGUGUCGAGUGUGUCGUCAACUAAGCUUACAUCAGCAUACAGCGGUUACUGGCAACAGCGUAAUAACAGUGCAAAGGGUAGGUUGAAUUUGUUUUUUGGCUCUGAUUUUAAUGCCAAUUUAUGAGACUGUACAAAUAUUGCAUGCACGUAGUGACAUCACUGAAAAACCCAUUAAUAACAAGCAUGUCACAUUUCAGUAAUGCAUGAUAGGCCACCCUGAGUAGACAUUAACCCACAAUUAUCUGCACUCUUCCCCAAGCAUUAUACGCCAUGGAGAUCAAUGUCGAGAAGGACCGGAAAACGGGCACCACCAAGAUCCUCUCGGCCUCGGCGGUCAGCCCGCGGGACGCUCACCAGAGGGGCGUCAAAGUCUACGACGACGGCUGCAAAGUGAUCUACGAGGUGCGUUCUGGGGGAUCUACUACACUGGAGAACGGCACGCACCCCUGGAGUCCCGGCGAGGUGGACGAGCUCAUGCAGCAAGUCGGCCAGUCCCAAGCACGAAGCGAUGGAGCCCGGGUCACUGUCACACCGGCUGAGUCCCAGCCAACGGGAGAACAGCUGAGCUCCAAGCAAGACAAAAAACAAUCCCCUGGGAAAGGCUACGAAGGCGAGGUAACGCAGACUCCACAAGCCUCCGCCGACAAACCAGUGACCAUGAUCUUCAUGGGCUACCACAGCGUCGAGGAUGAGGAGGAAUCCAAGAAGCUGCUUGGCUUUGAUGGCACCAUCAAGGCCGAGAUCGUCCUCAUCGACGAGGACGAUGAGAAAUCUCUCCGGGAGAAGACCGUCACUGAUAUCUCCACCAUCGACGGCAACGCCGCAGACCUCGUGUCGGGCCGGCCUCUGUCCGACACCACCGAACUCUCUUCAGAAGGCAAGGAUGAAAGCUCGACCAAGGAACUGCCACCCACAGGCGGGGAGAAGGCACGUUCAGUGCUGCUGACGCCAGAGAACGGAUUGUAUCCUACAGCCACGGCACGAUCCGCUGACCCUCUGGUACAAACCUCCCAGAAGGAUCUGAGAGCAUCAUUAAAGACGCUCAAAAUAAUGACUUAA